AUGGCAUCGUGCGUGCCGAGGCAAGUGGCGAACCCAACAGUGUCCACCGACGCGCGCGUGCAGGCCAUCAGAGGCCACAUGGGCACUACGUACUUCUCGAAGUUUUUCGUUCCUGAGAGGUUGGCCUUUAGGCCUUCCCACGCCACCCCCGACUGCGCGAUCAAGAUCGCGCCCAUCCUGGACGCCUUCGUGACUGCAGGCCUCGACAACACGACAUUCCUGCCCAAGCGUUUCGAGGAGGCGCUGGAAAAGAUUAUGAAGGCUGACGACCACCCAGUCGGUAUGUGCAGGAAUACGUUCAUUGGUCACCUUGUGAAUCAUUUCCAGUUAGUCAUGAAGUUCAUUCGCACGAUGAAGUAUGAGGACACCUGUGCCAAAAUGAUGAGGAAGUGCAAGAGAACUGGCAAUUUUCGGAACAAGCUGAGCGGGGCCGACUCGAUCGUCAGCUCGGCCGAUGCAGCGAGCGGCAGCGAGCCUGCGCACUCGCCUCCGCCAGAGUCUGCUUGGGCCGCGUCGCCUGCUAAGGCGUCUCGGGCGCUGUCUCCACCGACGUUUCCCUCGGCCACCGCGUUCGGGGGUGCGCCCCCUCUCGCGCCUUCGCCCUCCUCGGGGUUCAAGAAGAACUUUGGCAAGCAGACGCAGUGCAGGCCGGUGCGGGCGACCUUCUUGUGGAGCUCAGAUGGAGAGUCCGAGAACGGCAUCGAGGCAGCCGACGCCACGGAGCACGCCAUCGCGUCCUUGACAGACCUGCUGGCAGGCGCUGCCGCAAAGGCCUCGUCAACGUGCGAGCCUGAGGCGUCAGCUAUCCCCCUCGAGACCGCUGAGUCCCUCGAGGAUGACGACUACGACGACAACGGCUUGCUCAAGGCCAGCGUUGGCGCGACCAAGGUCCGCGCGCUCAUCCCGAACCCCGAGAAGAGGAAGAACCAGGUGUUGGGGACACGCCGCCGCAAGCGCAUGAGGCGCCCAGCUGCCGCGUCGGGUGUGGGGCCUGCCGCGCAGGAGCAGGUGGGGGAAUCCGAAGAGCCACCGCAGCCCGAGCCUGUGCUCAGGAGGCCUGCCGCGAUGACGCCUCCAUCGAAGUCCCCGAGACCUGACGUGGGCAAGAGCGCGGCCAAGGCCGAAGUGGACACGUUCAACGUGCCCUUGGAGAGGUCGGCUCUGGUCGGACCGACUGCGGAGGAGAAGCCGAGGUACGAGUUGUGCGCGUUCAUCACGCACGGCGGCCGCCAGAAGCGGGCGCACGUCUGGUCUUCGACCGAGACGACGUGCGGCCCGAACCUCGGCGACCACAUGCGUCAGAUUGCAGAGGAGAUCGACUCCAAUCACAUUUCCAAGAAGCAGUACCUGGAGAUUCGUGAUGGACUCAAGGCGUAG